GAGCCUUUUGACUUUCACAAUUUUUAUUUUCUCAGUUGAGGCGAAAAGGAGGCAGACAAACAGACUCGUUGAUCAAUGUGUUGUUGUCUGGUCAAGCGUCACUGCGACUUGUUUUGUUCUUAUUGAAAUCGUGAUAGACUGCCAUCUCGAUCUUUUCUCGCGUGACAUUCAACUGCUUACCACCUUCUGUUCUAUGAAAAAGAGACCAGCAAAAUAAAUCGAAAUGUCUUCUUCCCAACCAAGCGCCCUUCCAGCUUUCUCUCUCAAUAUCGCCCCUCUCCGAUCCUACCUCCUCCGUCUCCCGCUCUUCACGCGCGCCGUGCUCCUGUUCAUCGUCGCAUUCUGGCUUCUCGAGUUACAGUCUGUGUGGGAUGUUGUGACAUGGGGAGCUAUAAUUCCUGAUGAGAGUAAUUUUGCUGCUUUGUAUCGAUUGAAUACCUACCCGGUUAUACAUCGCGGGUUUUUCCAUGCGUUGCUGAAUGCGGCGGCUUUGACGCCGUUGUUGGAGCGGUUUGAGGCGGAGCAUGGGACUUUGACGGCGCUGUUGUUGUUUGUUGGACCACUCUCGACCUUCCCCGGCGCCUUAUAUAUAAUUGUCGAGAAAUUUAUUCUACACAACAACACGGCCGUUGUUGGUGCAAGUGUUUGGGUCUUUUUGCUCCUCGCCUCUGAGUCCAUCAAGACAUUCCGGACAAAUCCUUACUUUCAGGUCGGCACUCUUAAAGUUCCUACUUGGACUACACCACUUUUUGUCUCCUUCGUGGUUGCCGUGCUGCUUUCGAAUACGAGCUUUUUGGGGCAUGUCUGUGGUAUUAUCUUUGGAUAUUUACUCGGCUUAGGCUACCUCAAAAUCUUCGUUCCCCCCGAGAAGAUCUUACGCUUCAUUGAAGGGAAGCUAAAUCUCCUCGGACGAUUACCUCACUACGUCUCCGUUGACCAAAAGACUCACGGACGAUACGGUGUGCUACCGACUACAUCCUCUGGAGAAUCUGGCGUGGCUAUGAGUAGUUAUAUUGGGUCAUCGCAGCGAUUAGGGCCGUGAGAUAUUGAUCUAUCAUGCAUGCAUGUGGUAUGAUGGUAUGGAGCGACAGGAGAGGCUGGAAGUAUAGGAUAUUGUAAUAAGGAUCAUUCUUGUAUAUACUCGUUGCGUGUAUUUUAUGUGUCUAGAUAAUGAGGAAUGAGUGUAUAGUUAAUGUAUGUAGUAGUAAAUGUUGAUACCUGAGGAUCCACGGGAGCUGAUUGAUUGGAUAGUUCCGUAGCUACAAGUUGCCCUCCGCA